AUGGAAUCCGAUGAGUUGACUAUGCUGAAACCUAACCUAGUACAGCAGACGCAGUACCCAACAGAAACUGCCGCCGCGACGCCAGUAGAAUGCAAAGUGAUGCUUAGGGUUAUACUGGCUUCACUUCCUUUAUGUGACUUUAAGGAGGGUUAUGUUGAAGUCAUGGUGCAAGAAAAUGGUAAAAGGAAGAGUCCGAACAUUCUGGUGACUGGAACACCAGGGACAGGAAAGACAACCAUGUGCACUAGUCUAGCAGAAGCCACCCAGCUCCGCCACAUCAAUAUUGGAGAAUUAGUAAAAGAAAAGAACUUGCAUGAUGGCUGGGAUGAUGAGCUUGAUUGUUAUGUUCUUAAUGAAGACUUGGUCUGUGAUGAACUUGAGGAUGUUAUGGAAGAGGGGGGAAACAUUGUGGACUACCAUGGCUGUGAUUUCUUUCCUGAGCGAUGGUUUGACUGUGUGAUUGUACUUCAAACUGAUAACACCAUUUUGUAUGACCGUUUGAGUAGGAGGGGAUACAAAGAUCCAAAGCUUUCAAACAACAUUGAAUGUGAAAUCUUCCAAGUUCUGCUUGAGGAGGCUAGAGAAAGUUACUCGGAGGAUAAAGUGAUAGCAUUCAAGAGUGAUAAUAUCGAAGACAUUAGUAGAAAUGUUGCAACUCUGACAGAUUGGAUCAGAAAUUGGUCCUUACCCUCACAAUCUUAA